AUGCAAAUCACAUUCCAAGAAAGCCAUUUGACCAGCCGCUAUGUCCCGAUCAUCAGCCGCUACGUCCCGAUCACCAGCCGCUAUGCCCCGAUCAUCAGCCGCUAUGCCCCGAUCAUCAGCCGCUAUGUCCCGAUCAUCAGCCGCUAUGUCCCGAUCAUCAGCCGCUAUGUCCCGAUCAUCAGCCGCUAUGUCCCGAUCAUUAGCCGCUAUGUCCCGAUCAUCAGCCGCUAUGUCCCGAUCAUCAGCCGCUAUGUCCCGAUCAUCAGCCGCUAUGUCCCGAUCAUCAGCCGCUAUGUCCCGAUCAUCAGCCGCUAUGUCCCGAUCAUCAGCCGCUAUGUCCCGAUCAUCAGCCGCUAUGUCCCGAUCAUCAGCCGAAAGCCGGUGGUGAAAGGUUUCAGUGUUUUCGUACUGCUUAAAGAUACAGACAGAUACAUUUAA